AUGACAGAAACGGCUCCAGAAAAAGUAGAAAUCCUUCUCAGAGCAGUUGGCGAUGCGCCAGUGUUGAAAAAGAACAAAUUCAAAUUGAAUAGAACGCAGAAAAUUGCAUUCGUUUCCGAUUUCUUGCGAAAAGCGACGAAAUGCGAAGGAGAUGAACGUAUUUUUCUGUACAUUCAUCAAGCUUUCUCGCCAACAAUGGACUCACCAAUUGGAACGCUCUUUGAUAACCACGCUAGUGACAACAAACUUGUUGUCCAUUACAACAUCAUGGGGCGCGAUGAGGGCGGAAAAAGCGACAUGGAACGAGUCGGCCUCUUCUCUGAGGUCGGCUACACGACGCUCGGGGACAAGUACCCAAAAGUCCACCCCAGCUCGCGACCUAUAAAUCAGACGGCUCACAAAGGGAAACAAAUGUUGCCCGGUGGGAGCAAGACAAUGUCCGCCAACCAGAGCGGCUACUUUGAGCCCAACUUCAAGCGAAUAAUGGAAAAGGAAGCUUACAUUGAUCCGGUGAAACUGAGGCGUCAGGAGCGACUGCAGAAGGGAAAGAAGAACAUUGGAAAGUCCUUCCUCCCUUCCAACUAUCCUAAGAAACCUUCCGGAGCUGGAAAUCAUUACGGAACCUUGUCUGGUCCAAUCGAGCAUUUCUCCGCGCAGACAAAGCCAAAAGCCGCGUACAUCAAGGAGAAGAAAAAUUUCCUCACCAAUCCUAGCAAGCACGGAACUGGAUAUGGCUACGUCGGAGUGACGCUCGGAAAGUAUCAAGACCACGCUGUGGAUCCGUAUAAUCGAAUGAAGGAGCUCAAAAGAAAGGAAAUGGAAAAAAGCAAGGCGCUCAUGAAGGGAGGCCAUUUCAAACUCAACCUUCAUCCAAAAACUUAUUUCAAUCCAAAUAUUUUCAAAGCUGACCGACCGCUACCUCCACCGAAACCAGCUUCAGUUAAGCCACCAGCAGUGAAGCCAUUCAAGCACUCGUCGCCUGGAAAAGCACUUGGCGGAUCCAAGGCAGGAUGUUUCGACAAUUAUCCUUCCCACUCGAACGAUCUUUACACCAUCAAGCAAAAUAAAAAAGUCACAGUGAACUCGUCUGGAAAGCUCUUUCACGCCAUUCCUGGGCCAAAGUCACGCCCAACCCCGUCCAUCAUGGCAAAGAACGUCGCAGUGAGGGUGAAUAGAAACAACUACAAAACAAUCAAGAGCGUUAUGUAA